AUGCCGCAAGGUCAUUUCGCCCAGAUUCUCGACUCCGGUAGCGAGCACAAGACCAAGCAAGACCUUCACAUUCAACAGGCUGUGUAUUCAUGUGGCAAAAGAGCUGUCGUCGUUCCUAUGAGAUUCAGACUGGUAGAACACGAUCCACUCUUCACAAAGAUCGCUGGCGACCUAGCAGUAUUCCAGGACGUGAUCUGCCUGACAUCGAACUAUCGUGUCCUGGUUGACAAGGUUCUCAAGAAUCUCCAUUGCCGCCUCACCAGAAAAUGCCCCAAACGUCCUCAUUGGUACUUCCCAUGGCGUAAGCGCCAGGACCUUGACAUCGGCUUCAGGCUCUUCAUCACCUACCAGCUGGGACAGACGACCAGGACAUUCUACGGCAACGAGUCAACAUCGCCCAAGACAUACAACGUCAAUGAGAUCAAUGAGGCCAACUGGCCGGAUCUCAUCACCCUGUUCAAUUCUGUUCAACCAGGAGAGGCCAUGUUCGGUGUCGACUGGUGGAUCAAAGGCGAGCGUAUGGACGACAGCGUAGACACUUGGAAAGACGCUAGCUCCUAA